AUGGAGUUUCCCGAGACAACAAGAUUGCGGUUCUACAAUGGCGAGGCGCUAAGCGAUCAAAUCGAUUUUAUCGACUACCAGUGCACCCCGACGGAUGUUGCGAGCGUCUGGACUAGCAUCCUCACGUACUGGUUUCCGCCCGAUGAAGGAUACCAAAUCCGCCUAAACCAUACUGAGGCAUGGGUGGAGGUGUAUGUGAUUCGAGUCGCGAGUCGUCCCCGUGAAACCGAAGUCUCUUUCAGCCCGAUUUUCGUCAUCCGCUGCUACGGUUGCCGGCGUGAUGUCCCCAUAAUGCCGUUAUGGCCUCAGACCAUGGCUGACAAUGACAUCAUUUCCCCCGGAUAG